UCGCGUCGUAGCGUUUCCCUGAGUAUAACUAGUUGUGACUAUGGCGAAGGUGGAUACCUCCUCUAGCAGACCCUAUCACAUUGUUAUUUUUGGUGCUUCGGGUUUCACCGGGCAGUUCGUGGUUGAAGAGGUGGCCAGGACCGUAUCGGAGGGGCCGAAUGGGACGCUGACAUGGGCUGUGGCUGGGAGAAGCCGACAGAAACUGGACAAAGUUCUAGAGCAGGCCGCCGGAACCCUCGGUAAGCCGGAGCUGAGGACUGCGGUGGAGGUCAUCGUUGCUGAUGUGGGAGAGCCUGACUCUCUGGCUGCCAUGUGCAAACAGGCUGUCAUUGUUCUCAACUGUGUGGGGCCAUACAGGUUCUGGGGCGAGCCUGUGGUAAAGGCAUGCGUGGAGAACGGCGCACACUGCAUUGACAUCUGUGGAGAACCCCAGUUCCUAGAGAGUAUGCAGUUGAACUACGACAGCCAGGCAGCUGAUAAAGGAGUGUACAUCGUGGGGGCUUGUGGCUUCGACUCCAUACCUGCAGACAUGGGAGUCAUCUACACCAGGGACCAGUUCAAAGGGACACUCACAGCUCUAGAGAGCUUCCUGACAGCCAGCACAGGACCUGAGGGUGGUUCUAUCAAUGAUGGGACAUGGAAGUCGGCCAUCUAUGGUUUUGCUGACAGCGGGAAGCUGCGGAGCCUCAGAAAGAAGUUUGGACACAAACCUCUCCCUGUGGUGGGCUCAAAGAUCAAACGCAGGAGUGCCCUGUUCUACAGCAAUGAGGUUCAGCAGUAUGCAGUUCCGUUCAUGGGAGCCGACCCCUCGGUGGUGAAGAGAUCUCAACGCUUUUUGCUGGAGGAACACCAGGAAACACCUGUCCAGUAUGGUGCAUAUGCAGGAGUAGGAGGUGUGGCCAACAUUGUCAAGAUGCUAUUCGCUGGGAUGAUGUUCUGGUUCCUGGUCAAAUUCAGCUUUGGACGAGACCUGCUGAUUAAGUAUCCAGAGUUUUUCUCCUUUGGUUUCUUCUCCAAGGAUGGACCGACAAGAAAGCAGAUGGAGGGUUCGUCCUUCAAGUUUGCCUUCUACGGAGAAGGUUACACUGAGGGACAGGACCCCAGCCAGGGACGACCCAAUGCUAAGAUCCGCACACUAGUCCAAGGACCAGAGGCGGGCUACGUGGCCACGCCCAUCGCCAUGGUACAGGCCGCUAUCACCAUCCUGAACGAGCCCACAGCCCUCCCCAAGAAGGGAGGUGUGUACACCCCAGGAGCAACCUUUGCCAAAACUAAGCUGGUGGAGCGUCUCAACAAGCAUGGCAUCCAGUUCUCUGUCAUCUAAUGUGUGACCCCUGACCCCCAUGUCAUCAGCACUUAUCACUAGAUGGUCAUGCUGCAAAGUGAAACUUGGCUAGCGGCAACAUUUAGUUAAUUAGGGUUGGGUCACGUUUAAAAUCAGACUAGUUUUUAAAGAGACAGUUUCCUUCUUGUCAAAUAAUGGUGCCUCCGCUUUAACUAACUCGCCAACAGUUGUGCAGUUUGUCAUGGCUCAGUAGAGUAGAAGAGAAAUGCCUGUGAGUGCCUGUUUCUCUCAAAAAAGCUUGACUGCAUUAUGAUGCUUCUGUCCUUCCUCUGAUCAAUACUUGUUUAAUUUCCAAGCACUGUCCGAAACCUACCUUACUUCAAGAAGAUCAGAAAUUCCUCCUUUGAACGAUGGUGUGCUGUAAUCAAAUAUAGUUUAGCGGGAUCUGUUUAAAGAAUGUGCAACAAAGUAGUGCUUGCUGCUUGUUAGAAAUGGUUGUUUUGGGUACUACAUACACACAAAGCUGAAAUGAUCCUUUCCACAACUUUGCAGUGUCUUCUGUGAUUCACUGAGCAUGUGUUGGACAGGUUCUGUUCUCUACUUGGCUGAAUAAAACCAACACUACUGAAA